UCCUAUUCCCUUCAAUACUCUUUCUCCAAAAGUACGAAGCCUCUCCCAAAAGUCAAUGCCUCCUUUCUCAAGCCUGAACAUUCGCUUCCCCUGUUUUUACUUUCUCCCAACUCUAACCUAAAAUUCCGAAUUUAUCCUCCAGUUUCUCUCAAAACAACCAUCCUCUCCCUCCAUUCUUGUCCUCCCAGAUUCCAUUAUCGGUCAAAGAUCCCCUUUACUUUGAUCAGCAACAAAGAAACAACAAGUUUCACCUCAUGCGAUGCUCAAAUAGAAGGAAAGAAGAAAAAGAGAGGAGGAGGAAGAAGAAGAAGAAGAAGAAGAAGAAGAAGAAGAAGAAGAAGAAGCAAUAGGUUUCAUUGUUGAUGGAUUUAACUGAAGGAGUUGGAGAGAGUUCAUCGCCGCCGAGAAGCUUCGGUAACUUUAACAACUACGAUAUCAGAACUGACGUUUUCAAUCGCUUAGUUGAAAUCGGCUACGAAGAAGCUAUUUCGAACUCUGACUUUCGCGACAACUUGGAUGCUCACUUCAAUCGCUUGCCUGCUAGUUAUGCACUUGAUGUUAAUGUGGAGAGAGUGGAGGAUGUCUUGUUACAUCAGAAGCUACUUGAAGCUGCGAAAGAUCCGGAGAAGCGGCCGGUUUAUCAUAUCCGCUUCUUGGAGAACCUUUGCACCAGAGAAGAUAAUAAUGAUGAUCAGCAAGAUAUAAAUUCUUUGUCUGGACAAGGGCCUUUUGGUGAUGGAGAUGGUGAAAAGGUUGUACCAUCAUAUAAAAGAAGCAGGGAUCAUCCAGUUGACUUUGAAGCUUGCCCUAAGCUUGAGGACCUAAAUUUGGAUGUCAGAAAGAAUUCCAAGUGUGUAUAUGAUAGAUAUCUCACUCAGAACUUUUCAAAAAGGCAAGAGAUUGUACAACUUCCAAUUCAUGAAGUGAUAUUUUCUACCACUGACAGGCCGAAGCUGCUUAGCCAGCUUUCUGCAUUGCUUUCAGAUAUAGAGCUUAAUAUUCGUGAAGCACAUGUAUUCUCUACAACGGAUGGCUACUCUUUGGAUGUGUUUGUGGUGGAUGGAUGGCCUGUUGAGGAUACAGAUGGUUUAUAUAAAGCUAUGGAAGAAGCGGUUAGUAGAAGCAAGGGAUCAUUGUCUGGAUCUUUGAGUUCUCAUUCUGCUAUAGAUGAUGCAUCAGCUACACAAUCAAAAUCUCGAGAUUGGGAGAUAGAUAGAAGACUUCUGAAGAUAGGAGAAAGAAUUGCUUCUGGAUCUUGUGGAGAUCUGUAUCAUGGUGUCUACCUUGGACAAGAUGUCGCUGUUAAAUUUCUUAGGUCUGAGCAUUUGAAUGAUGCUAUGGAAGAUGAGUUUACUCAAGAGGUGGCGAUUCUACGAGAGGUCCAGCAUAAAAAUGUUGUUCGUUUUAUUGGUGCAUGUACAAGGUCCCCACAUUUGUGCAUAGUAACAGAAUAUAUGCCUGGGGGAAGCCUGUAUGACUAUUUGCAUAAGAAUCGUAAUGUCUUGACGCUCACUCAACUGCUGAAGUUUGCAAUUGAUGUCUGCAAAGGGAUGGAUUAUUUGCAUCAAAACCACAUAAUUCACCGGGACUUGAAGACAGCAAAUUUGUUAAUGGAUACGGACAACGUUAUUAAGGUGGCAGAUUUUGGUGUGGCUCGGUUCCUGAACAAAGGAGGAGUAAUGACAGCUGAGACUGGGACAUAUAGAUGGAUGGCACCUGAGGUUAUAAACCACCAACCAUAUGAUCAGAAAGCAGAUAUAUUCAGUUUUGCUAUUGUACUCUGGGAGCUAGUGACUGCCAAGGUUCCAUAUGAUACCAUGACUCCAUUGCAAGCUGCCUUGGGAGUGAGACAGGGAUUGCGUCCAGAUCUUCCCGAGAAUGCACAUCCAAAGCUUGUAGACUUGAUGCAGAGAUGUUGGGUAGCCACUCCUGACAAGCGGCCAUCCUUCUCUGAGAUAACAGCUCAGCUUGAGACACUUUUUGAAGAGGUUAAGGUAGAAUUUGCACAGUUAAAUCGUCCUCUUUUGAUGUUAAGGUAGGAAGAAGAGGUGGCAGCUCACACAGUGGAGAGUAGCAAGAGCCGCAGAAGGUAGAGUCAAAGAUUCUUAUGCGAUCAGAUUCGAUGAUGGAGAAAGAGUAGGAGGAGAAGCAUUAUGCUCCUCCUUGAAGCUGAGGAUGGGCAGUAUGGGCUGUUACAUGCUACAAUCAUUGUCUCUCAACCUUGGGCUUUCAUUGCGAAAUAAGUCUCAUGGUUGGCCACUUAAAGAGUACAGUAGAUUUCUAAAUAAAGGAUGAUGAGAUGGAAAUAGACUAGACAAGGUCUCGCGUGUUCCAUACAGCAAUACUUGUCAUUAACAAAGUAGAUCAAAAGAGUUUCAAGAUUUAUGUAUGUGUAUGUUCACAAAACUCAGAGCUGAGAAAUCGUUAAUUUUAAAAAGGUCGUGGUUGGCAAA